UUCAAAUUCAUAGAAAAAAUGAGUUCUACAGUUGAAGUAAAGUCCGCUGGUGGUCGAGGAAAGGCCAAAGGUUCAAAAAAAUCAGUGUCCAGAUCUCAAAAGGCAGGUCUCCAAUUCCCUGUUGGCCGUAUUGCUAGGUAUCUGAAGAAGGGUCGUUAUGCUCAGCGUCUUGGCUCUGGUUCACCUAUCUAUCUCUCUGCAGUUCUUGAAUAUCUUGCAGCUGAGGUUCUAGAGCUUGCUGGGAAUGCAGCUAGAGAUAAUAAGAAGAACAGGAUUAUUCCAAGGCAUAUACAAUUGGCUGUCAGGAAUGAUGAGGAACUUAGCAAGCUGUUGGGGUCGGUGACAAUUGCUAAUGGUGGAGUUCUGCCUAAUAUUCACUCAAAUUUGUUGCCCAAGAAGAAUGGCAAGGGGAAAGUGGAAUCUGCAUCUCAAUCUCAAGAGUUUUAAAUUAGCAGAGUCAGGAGGAUUUGGUUGGAUGUG